CCUCUUACCAGCAAUUUACCAGCUGCAUUGAUACCCCCCGAGUCAUCCACCAUCCACCAUGCUCUACUCCACCCUCGUCGUCGCCGCCUCGGCCUUUGCUGGCCUUGCGUCUGCCCAGAACACCACCUACAGCACUCCCAUCGCGUGCUGCACUGUCGCAGCCGGCAGCGUGCCCACGGACCAGAAGACAGAGUGGUGCAAUGCCAACCAGAACACGUGCGUUGACCUUUGCGGCGGUCAGGGCAGCAUUGCGAGCAACGGUAACGAGUGCGACGCCACGACGCUGGACUACACUUGCAAGUGCUCCAACGGCACCGACAUCACCGACUCCAUGGCCAUCUACCAGCAGACUGUCCCUGCUCAGAUGUGCUUCUACUGGUAUGGUGUCUGCAUCCAGGCCACCGGCACCAACGCUGCCCAGCAGUUCCAGUGCAACGAGGCUCGUGACAACGAAUGCGGCAACUUGACCAUCGGCGAGGAUGCCUCUUCCAGCUCUUCUGCCUCAGCAUCAUCCACCGCCUCCCGCACCAGCGGUGCUGUCUCCUCUGCUACCUCUGCCGCCGCGAGCGCCGCCGCAAGCGCCGCCGGUGCCUCAACCCUCGGCCAGUACGGCCUGCCCGCCCUUGCCGGUGGUCUGAUGGCCAUCUUUGGACUCGCAUUGUAGACAGACAUCUAUGUUAGCAUGGACAGCGGACCGGUUCCCUUUUGAGUGGUAAUAAGGAGGAUAUAGGAGUAUGGAUCAUAGCAUGCAACACAGCUUAGCUUCUCCAGCGUUCUCGAGCCUUGGAGUUCUGCGGUCAGUUUUGGCGUCACGUUUGUAUGCUUUGUAUGUUCACUUUAGCGCGAUGCGGAGGAUGGAGGGAGACGAGAAGGAG